GCCAUGACGCGUCCACAAAUCGUCAGAGCUGACACGCUUGACCUCCAGGACAAGUCGUCCCCAACGGCCGCAGACCACUCCCAAAACCCCCACCCAGCGCCUCUAGGCAUUGGUCCCGCUGCCCCCCAUCAAGAAGCAUCCUUGCGACGUGUCGAAGACGAGCGCUCCGACGAAGAAGCAGCGCUGCAGAAUGGCUUGGACGCUACGAAUGGAUCGCACGAGGACCCUGGGACUGACGGUGACCGCAAGGCCUCUCAUGGCGACUCCGAAGGCGAUAGCGCAGCAGUCCGACUCAAUGGAGGUAUGAGCGGCGAAGGCGAUGAUGCGGAAUUGGAAGAUGCAGAGGUGGAUGACGAGGAUCUAGACGAUAUGGACAGAAUAUCGAGCUCUCCCUCGAUUAGUGAUGAGGAUAUCGAUUUUGAUUUCGUUUAUGCGCUUCACACGUUUGUUGCGACAGUCGAAGGCCAGGCAAAUGCUACGAAAGGUGACACGAUGGUGUUGCUCGAUGACAGCAACAGUUACUGGUGGCUAGUUCGUGUUGUGAAGGACAGCUCAAUUGGAUAUCUGCCCGCCGAGCACAUAGAAACGCCCACAGAACGACUAGCACGUUUGAACAAACAUCGAAAUAUCGACCUCUCUGCCACUAUGCUUGGGGACACGGCUGACAAGCCCAAGAAUCCACUGAAGAAAGCUAUGCGGAGACGGCACGCCAAAGCAGUGACCUGGGGUGAUAAUUCUGUUGUGGAGGCAUCCGAUUACGACUACUCGUCUGAUGAAGGGGGCGAUGAGGAACUUUUUGGUGGAGCCGACCCGAACGAGGCGCAGUCGCAGCAGCAACAGUCUCAAGGCGAGAAAGCAGAAGGAGAGCAAGACGACAGUCUAAAAGUCCAACCGCUGAAAGUAAAUGGCGUUAAAAACGAUACAAAGAGUAAAGAGGAAGGCGAUGCCCAGGAGAGCACAGACAAACCGGCCAACGGCGACGAAGCCAAGAACAGUGAUGAGAUUGACGAUCGCCCUCUGGACCCGAAGGUAUCUCGAAACGGAACAGUGCGCAACACUGACUCGUUCUUCAAGGACGAAACUACAGAAACGAGGAAGAUUACGCUCACGCCAAACUUGCUGCGCGACGAUUCAAGUACAUCCACCACAGGCUCCCGAGAACGUGGCCCAAGCCUCGAGAGUUUGGAGAAGAGCGGUUUCGCGGAUAAAGUCAAGGAUGAUAAAAAGAAGAAGGAGAAGAAGCCAGGGAUGCUUAGCGGGCUGUUCAAGCGUAAAGACAAGAAAACCAAGGGAAGCCCUGACGCGCACGACAGCGACAACGAGAAACAAUCUGAAGAAUUCGGUCGCGAUUCACCACAGUCCAAACAGUCAGAGGAAAUGGAUCGCUCGUCCACGGAGCAACCGACCGCCCUUCAAAGACAAGCAAGCAAAGGGAAGCUACAGAAGUCACAACGCCCAAGGGAAGAAUCGCCAGCCAAGUCUAAGGGUAUACUGAAGACUGAAAGCCCGGAACCUCCCGUUGUACAAGCUCCUAUAGCAAAAGAGCCUCCAAGUGACAAGCCUGCUGUGCAAUCCACAUCGACUAUGCGUUUAGUAUCCCCCGAACAAGACGAUCCUUCGAAGUCCACCUUGGAGGAGCGUACCAAAGCUUCCGAAGUUCGCCCGCGUUCCAAUUCCACAGCUUCCAAACUCAACCCUAUUAAUAUGUUGAAGACUCAACAAACUGCAGAGCCGAAGCCAGAGAAGGUCAAGAAAGCGAAGAAACGCGUCCAGCUUGACGAUUUUGAUUCGGAAGAGGAAGAGAACAACCCCUUCGCCGAUCCUGAUAAGCAAGCUCAGUCUAUGAAGCCCGGCGACGAAGGCACAUCUGGGCGCCUUUCCGAAUCACCGGUCCAUGUGUCAGCUGCCGACGUACAGGCGCCUGGCAAAGAAAAUACAACCGAAAAAGAUCCAGAGUCUGAUUCUCAACUCCCGCCGGGCCUGACAGGUGAUACUUCGAGUCAAGACACCAACUCCCCUGUUUCGACGCCUACACCAGAGGACGCCGCCACUACAGUAGCGCAACCCAACAAGAGCAGUCUGUCGGCUGUUCAAACUGCCGCCUCCCCUACCACAGCCCAACAACCAUCCACCUCAUUGCCACCGCCAUCACGACCUGCCCCUGUGCUUCACAAAGUCGAUACAUCCCCGCCUGAUUCCUCGGAAACUACUUCGCUCCCAGCAUGGUCAGACCAGUCUUUGCGCAACUAUCUGGAGGAUGGUAGCGACAUAAGGGAUAUGCUCGUGGUCAUCAACGAUACGACUGGCGUUACCCCCGUCGGCAACGAUCAUCCUAUCAUGUCACAACUGUUUGUAGAAGAGACCAAAGCCGUGUCUGGGCUCAGCACCGAGCUUGACUCGUUACUCAACGGUCUGCUUGAGAAGAGGAUGAAGAAGGCUAGCAAAGGUGGCACACCGUCCCCAAUCGCAGCCAGGCCUUUGAAAUGA